AAACAACCGACACAAUAAAAGAUGGCAUUUCCUCUGGAAUUGACUCGAUGAAAGAAACGGUUCAGUCGGUAUUUACCACCGCUGAAGAAUCGGUGGGAUCAGUAGCGCACAAGUUGGGCGAAACCCUGAGCUUAACCACGUCGAAGACGGCGGAAAAUCUGAAAAACGCCCAAGAAAUAACAACCGACUUAAGCGCUGCAAAAGGCGAAAUGCUGAGUGGAACAGUCGACGCUGCAGCUGAAGCUGUUUCCGAAGCCGAAACUGUUGUGAUGUCAGAAGCUGAACAGGCGCGCGAAGCCUUCCAAUCAGGGACGUCGCCCUUUUUCGAAACCGUCCAUUCUCUAGGCGAUGAGGUGGACAGCACUUUAGCAAAUACCGCGGCCUUAGCUCUGGACAAGGCCGAGGACUUAGAGGUUAGUAUGCACCACACACUGAAGCAGGGGGGCGAACUUUUGGAGGACUUGGAGACUGACGCAAAAGACAUGCUGGGGGAGAGCGUGAAGACGAUGAAGGCCCAUGUGGAGGAGCUGCAUGAGGGCCCACGGCCCGACAAGGAGGAAUCAGCACCAACAUUCUGGGAAGCAGCAGCCGAUGCCAUUUUAAUGAAGAAAACCAUCAAAGGCAUGGAUCCUGCGGAGUUUGGACAAGAGCGGAUUUUCUACUCUUACAAGGAGAAAGCGGAUUUGGACAACAACGGGAAAACGAUCCAGGCAAAUGACAUUGUUGUUGAAAACACCGACAAUUGAUAUUUAAUAUUGUGAAUAUACGUUUUACUACACAAGCAA